AUGUCUGUCGGUGGCACCCACCAGCCAGAGCAGAUAUAUGGUCCCACCUCUCUGCUAGAGGGUGGAUGUCAGAGAGGCACAGCUAUCAGCUGGCCCAAGGCCCUAUGGCUCAGAUCUCCUCACUGCAAAGAACAGAAGAACAGAAAGAGGAUGGAGGCGGCAAAGGCCAGCGUGGGAGUCCAGGAAACCAGCUGUCAUUUGCCCCCACUGCCGUCCGUCCUGGAGAGGGGCCGUGGAGGAGGCAGUCCGGGGACUAGCUGGAAGUGCUCCCAGACGCGGUGCUGGCUGGGCACGCUGGGCUACGCCCCUGCCAUCCUCCCCCCCGAUGCCCCACCAGCCACGGCAUCCGGCACCAGGCCGUUCAGGGUGAGCUCGGUGCUCAAGAGAGACCAGACCAACAUACAGACUCAGAGGCGACCUCGGAGGCUGCGCCCUGGUGUUCAGGCAGAGGAAAGAGAGGACCAACGUGUCCAAGGACGUUUACGGAGCAGCGGCUCUGCUCCAGGGGCUGGGGGAUGCAAGAAUGAAGAUGUGCUCACGGUCCUCGGGAAGCCGCCCGCCGCCCCCCGAACCCUGCACUGA